AUGUCGGUCAAACGAGCUCGCACACCGUCGCAGUUGUCGGAGAUAUUCUUCGAGUCUUCCCCCUCAACUGGCUCAGCCUCACCUACUCCCAAGGCAGCGCGUACCAGCCUUCCCUCGUCCUCCCGCCAGCUGCUUUGUACCCUCCCGCCGACCUGCAACCCUCCCAAGAAUCGCCCGACACCGCUUGCCGGAUCAGCCGCCCUUGAGGCGCACUAUGCCACCUACCACGCUCAUGUGUGUGAGGAGCACGGCUGUGGGUGCGUCUUCCCCGAUGCCCGGCUGCUCGAGCUCCAUCAAACGGAGUGCCACGACCCGCUCGCGGCCGUGCGUAAAGAGCGCGGUGAGAAGAUCUUCGCAUGCCACCUCGCUUCGUGCCAGCGGCGCUUCCUCACGCCCAAGGCGCGUCGUCUGCACCUCAUCGAGGCGCAUGGCUAUCCCAAGCAGUACUUUUUUGCCGUCACGAACAAGGGUGUCGGUGGCCUCCUGCGCCGCUGGGGAGAGGGCGCGAGCCUCCUCCGCGGACAAUGGAGAGCGCGCGAGGGCGACGAGGACGACGAUGAUCGCGACGCCGACGACCGUGAAGAUAUGGACAUGGACAUGGACGACAAAGACGAAAACGAAAUUGAAGACGAAGACGAAGAUGAAGUCGUACUAGAAAUCACUCCCCUGCCUCGGCAAGAUGCGCCACUCCCUCCGCCCCUUGCGCCCGCAGAAAAAGAAAAAGACAAAAGCAAAGACGCAGACGCGGUGUCCGCCCUGGCGCGCUCCCUCUCCUCGCUCGCGCUCGUCCCGCCCAAUGUCAAGUUCGGGCGAGGCGCCAAGCGCGGCGGGCUCGGGCACCCCCGUACCGCAGUGCCAGGACGCGGGCGCGCGUCGAUCAACACCGGUGCGCCUCAGUUUCAUUAUGCUUCUCGGGGACGUGGGCGUGGUGCUGGAGCGCACACGCCUGCGUUCGUCCCUAAUGGCUCCGGCGCAGGCGCUCGGGGGCGGGGCGGCGCUCGGGGCAUGCCAGACGAGAAGAUGGGGCGAGGGCGAGGAAGAGGUGAGGGAGGCGGCGCGAGAGGGCGGGGUGAAGGCCGGGGGAUGGCCGCCGGACGUGGCGGACGGGGGGUGAGCCGUGGAAUGUGA